AUGGAUGUAACUGCUACCGAUAUGAUGUCUUCUCAAAAUGGAGGAUCAAAACUAGUAUUCUUGAACUCAUCUGGCCGGCCUCUUCAUGUUUUCGUAGAGACGGCAGAGUUCUUGUAUCGGCCAAAACUUAUUCGCGAGCUGCGAAGAGGAGGUGCCAUUAUCGCCCAUUAUCCAUCGGAAGCGCAGAUUAUCCUAGUAGACAUGGAAACAGAAGCCGGGAAACAGUUUGUGACCGACUGGGGAUCUGAGAAGGUCAUUCUUAAUUGGCAAUGGGCUCGUAAGUCGAUUGAUAUUGGUCGAGCUCUCCUCGCCGAAGAUGAUUGGGGAGGAUACCGGAUUGACGACCAGAACAGGAUCCUGAGUAAUAAUUUUGAGCAUCCUCUACCUACUCCUCUCCAAACUCCUCCGCACGCGAACUUGUCGGCUCCUGAUUUCAGUGAUCACAGUACUCUCUCAUCGAGCACAUCAAAGACUCUCAUCCCCCCCGUCGUUCCAGUUCCAACAAUGCAAAUAUCAAAUGGUGUAGGCACGGCGCCUCCAAUACCCGUACCAUCACCACUGGCUGUAACAGCAGAGAUAGCUGCUGCAAUGGCCCUGCUAUCGCCCCAAGGCAUACAGCAACUCUUGACACAGCUUCGCGCUGGCUUGAUGUCUUCAUCUCAAGUGAUUCCACCAAUUCUUGCCGCUUCGCAAGAGAACCAACCAAGCUUGCCCAACUUAAAAGAGCUUGAAGUAAAUGGCCAAUAUUCACCCGAAACAUCUCAGAGGUUGUCAGUCAUGUCUGAGGAUAGCGUUCUCUCUGCUCCUGCUUUUACCGCCUCGCCUAGCCUGAAACGCAAAGAACUGUCUCCCGAAACGCUUCAACAGUCGAAUUCGCUUCAAUAUAAAGACAGAAAACGCAGACGAUCCGAUUAUUCGCGUCCAGUUGCCGGUACUAGCACAGUAACCAUCAAUUCUUUAUCCGCACCAUCGUCAUCUCAGGCUCGACUAUCCAGAACUUCACGGAACGACGAGGAGAUAUUUAAGACGGAUGCAGGCGAUUCCAUGAUGUUCUACGUCCAAAUUGAGACGAGGAAUAGAGGUGAAGUAGUACAGUCGAUUAGGAAACACGGAGGGAAAAUUGUGCCCGACAUACCCCAAGCGGAUGUGGUUAUUCUAGCGCAACACACGAAACCAUUCAGUGAUUGGCUUAGGAGAGCUCAGCAAGCAAAAAGGCCAACCGCGCAAGCGAGUUAUGUCCACGAUUGUAUAACAGAGGGCUCGAUUCUGGAUAUAGAACCCUAUUCUUUCGGGGAUUUUGACUUUGAAAGAAAGCGAGGCCGUCCUAGCAAGAGCCCUCGUAAGGUGAGCAGUCCGGAGGCUAAAGUAAAGAAAAACAAGUCCAUGCCCAAGGCGAAAGCAUCUCGCGACAAAGGUGCGGAGAACGGGACGUCAGAAGGAGAACACUGGGAACAUUCGCCGUCUCCGCCACGACAUAUAGUGACUAAGGGUGGCAAGAAUCUCUUCACGUCAGAAGAACACGAGUAUUUUUUGCGCUACAUUCCAGUUUUGAUGUCGCGAAAUCCUGAGAUGACAUUGCAAGCCAUUGCUGAUAAAUUAUUCGAGAAGAUGCCCCAUCAUCCAGGCAGCUCGUGGAGGUCGUGGCUUGGGAAGCAGACGGUCGAGGUUGACAAAUGGAGAAAGAAGGCUUAUAUAGCCCGCCGUAAGGCAGAUCAUGAUUCAAUACCGACUGGAUCUCAGUUGGGUCAACCAGAGGAUUCGUCGAGUGCGCAAGCUUGUGCCUCUUCGCCUGUAUCAUCGAGUCUUAUUGCAUCCCCGGUAGAAAACUCAUAUGGGGAAGAUUUUCAAACUAUCACAAAUUUUCUGGCAGGUGGUGGCGCAGAUGACCGAACGGAUGAAGAGGUUUGGGAGGUUUUGGCUCAGCAGGCAGGUCUAAUAUAUCAUGCUCCCUCACGGUCUGCAAGAGAGUGGCAAAACUUUUGGAACGAGCAUGGCUCUGACAUCAAUGCGGUAGUGCAGAAAUUGAUGAAGCCUUCGAACGCACCUUGUUCAUCUGAAGAGCCAUACUCUGAAAAGGAGCCCGAAUGA